AUGGUGAAAAUGAAGAAAGGAAUCAUUUUCUUUCUUAUCAUUGCUUUUUCAUCCAGCACAAAGGCAACAACUCCAGGAAUUACGUUAGUAACAACAGUCUUUUUCACAUUAACUCAGACAAUAACAACAAGAACAGUUUCUUCUUCAACAACAAUGACAGCAUUGUCAACCGAAAAUAAGAAAAAAUCUCAACUACUUGUCCAACAAAUAGAAAAAGAACAGUCUUUUCUCCAAGAACUCCUGAAUGAACACCAGCGUCACCAACAACUUCAACAGCUACUCGAACAGCUACAAAGCCAGUCACACUUUCAGCACCGUCUUCAACAGCAAGAGAAAGCUCGUCAGCAACUUGAACAGAAUCAUGGCUGCGAAAAUAAACAAAAACUUCUUCAUAACCAGCAACUUACCCUUAAACAACUUCAGAAACAACAACCAUUUCUGAACCAACUUCAAGAACAACAAGAAGUUAUUCUUCAGCAACUUCUUCAGAGACAACAGACUGCCCAAACUCUACUGCAGCAACUACCUGAUCAGCAAAAAUUACUCGAAGAACAACAACCUAUUCUUCAACAAUUUUUGCAGCAGCAAUUGCGUGCACCAAAACAAACACUGCAGCCAUCGACUUUGGUUCAACAAGCGCUUAACCUUCAAAAACAAAUGGAACAAAAUCACGAGCAAUCUCGAAAUCAAGAUCAAAAUAAUCUUAAAAAUCAAAUUCAGAAGCAAGAACAACAUCUUCAACUGCUUCAACAGCACGGUGAUCUAUUUGCAAAACUUCAACAACAGGGACAAGUACUCUUUCAACAGCUUCAACAUAAAGUGCUACUGAUUCAGCUUCUAAAACAGCCUCAUUAUUAUCAGCAAUUACUUCAAAAACAACAACCUCUUCUUCAACAACUUCUGCAACUACAACAACAACUUCUUGAACAUUACCAACAACAACAACCACUUAUUCAGCAGCUCCUCCAACAACAACAACAACUUGUGGAGCUUAUGGAGCAACAACAACAACUUGUUGUACAAAUGCUUCUAAAACCUCAUCAUAUACCUAAUCUCCUUGAACAACUUCGCCAGCUAGAAGUCCAAUUCCAACAACUUAUGCAACAACAACAAGAACUUCUCCAACAACUACAGCAGAAGCAACCUUCACUUCAACAACUUCUCCAAAAACAAAAGCCUGUCGUUGAAGGACUUCUGAAAAGCAAACAACAAUUGGAUUCUCUUCUCAAAAUUUUAAAACAACACCAGAAAUAA